CCCACCGUCAGGCGCGGCGUUCGUCCGUUCGUACGAACCACCCUCCGACGCUGCCGCCGCCGCAGCCAUUUUUUCCUUCCCUCGUGCUCCCAAACCCAUCGUUUUUGACUCCCAACAAACAGAUCAGCACCCCGCUUCGAGAAGCCUCCUCCCGUCUCCCCAAUCCCCUUCCUCGCCAAGCAAUCCUCUCCGGGAGUCCAAGCUCCGACCAGAUCCGGACCCCACCUCCCCCUCCCCCUCCGAACAAGCCCUAGCUAGGCAUGCCCCGCAGCCGAUGAGGUCGCUCCGCCGGGUCCUCAUCCCGCUCGUCCUCCUCGCGGGGCUCGCCUUCCGCGUGGACGACGGCGGCGCCGCGCUCCUCCCGCCCCCGCCCCCCGCGCUUCCCGCUCCCCGCCCCCGCCUCGCGCUCCCCGGAGGAGCCGCUCCGGAGGACGAUGUGGCGGCGGCGGCGGCUUCGCGCUCCACCGAGAUCGUCGCGGUGGGGGCGCGCUCCACCGAGAUCGUCGCCCCAGCGGGGCCCAAGAAGCAGAGCCUCCGGGAGCUCCUUGUCCGGCCGCAGCCUGCGCGCCACGAGCCGGCUAACUUGGUUAGCGGCGAGGCGAAAGCCGAACCCAGCCCUGUGCUCCAGUUUUACGACAAUGGCACAAUUCAGCUUGUGGACCAGUUGUCACAGUCUCCUAUGUGGGAGAUCACCACAGGGCCUCCGCUGUCAGAUCACAUUACUACCACUGACUCUGGUCUGAAUUACCUCAUUUAUCCUUUGAUGAAUGGGAAUGGGACUGAACUUUGGGAGGUUUAUAAUGGGAACAACGUGAGGCUCCCAUGGAAAUUGGAGGAAUUUGUUGCCAGAAGCCCAUAUGUUCGGGAUUCUGUUGUUACUGUUGGAUCGAAAGUUUCAACUGUUUUUGUAGUUAAUGCUGAUAGUGGUGAGAUUAUUUACAGGCACAGUAUUCCAGCUGUGUUAAAUGAAUUGGAAGGACCAGGGAUUGAUGGAGCACCAUCCAAGCUAAAUGCCCGUACUAGUGAUGGCAGUGAGAAGAUCAUAGUGCUUGUGAGAACUGACUAUUCUCUCAGCGCAUCAGAUCUUGGCAAGCAUUUAUUUAACUGGACAAGAACUUCUUUCACUGCAAACCAAUAUGCUAAAUACAACCACCCUGACAUGCUUGAUCAGUCACCUUGCCUGCGAGGAGAUAUUCCAUGCAUUAGAACUGAGGGUUUGCCACUUGCUUUACCUGAUUCAGAUUCAGCUAAUGUAAUUGUCUUGAAAGAUGGUACCCCUUUUAUUUCCAUCCAUGGUUCUGAUGCUCUGGAACCAGUUCAAACCUCAAGGAAGCUACCAAACACUGCUGGGAAGUCAAAUAUCAUAUUGGAUGAUUCUCAAAAUCAAACUUAUGAUGGUGCACGAUCUCAUGUCAUCUCUGCUGAUCCUGAAGCUACCAAAUACCCCACUAGGAACACUUAUGGAUGGCUAUUCCCUUUGUUUCCCAUAUUUUUGGUCAUUGGUUAUCUGUUGAGCUUGACCUCUGCAAGCAAGUCAUGCAGGCAAUUUGUGAUUCAGCUUAUUAAGCCAUUCACGCAUGAUAAGAAAUCGGUGGACAUCAGAGGCAGGUCAGAGGGAACUCCUAAAAGAAGAAAAACACGGAAGAAGGAUGGACUUGCCAAUAGCCCUGAGACAUUGACAGCAUCUGACAAGGAGUGCAAUGAAACUGGUGGGUCAACUGAGGCACCAAUGGAAAAUUCUGCGCUGACAGAUGCCCUUGGUGGUCGUCAGAUUGGUAAACUGUAUGUCUCCAAUAAAGAAAUUGGUAGAGGGAGCAAUGGCACAGUUGUUUUUGAAGGAUCUUAUGAUGGUCGUCAAGUUGCUGUGAAACGUCUGCUGCGUUCCCACAAUGACAUAGCUGAAAAGGAGACUCAGAAUCUUAUUAUAUCUGAUCGUGAUCCUAAUAUUGUUAGACUCUAUGGUUGUGACCAUGACAGCGAUUUUGUUUAUAUCUCCCUUGAGAGGUGCCACUGCAGCUUGGCUGAUCUAAUCCAAAAACACUCAUAUUUGUCUUCUGGAGAGUCUAUUUCUAACAAUGAGGUCAGUAUCAGCAUCAAGUCAAAGAUUCCAAAUGUUAAGGGAAUAGAUGUGGAAUUAUGGACGCAGGAUGGGCUUCCUUCAGCACAUCUCCUGAAGCUAAUGAGAGAUGUGGUUGCUGGCCUUGUGCAUUUGCAUAACUUGGGAAUUAUCCAUCGUGAUUUGAAGCCUCAGAAUGUCUUAAUAAGCGCAGAAGGAACUAUUAGAGCAAAGCUUUCUGAUAUGGGUAUAAGUAAGCACCUGCAAGAUGACAUGACUUCUGUUAGCCACCAUGGUACAGGAAUUGGAAGCUCUGGUUGGCAAGCACCUGAACAGCUUCGUCAUGGUCGUCAAACUCGUGCAAUGGAUCUUUUUAGUUUGGGCUGCCUUAUUUUCUAUUGUAUCACUAAAGGCAAGCAUCCGUUUGGUGAGUACUAUGAACGGGAUAUGAACAUUGUGAACAAUCGCUUUGAUCUCUUUGUGGUGGACCACAUACCAGAAGCAGUACAUCUUAUAUCUCAAUUGUUACAACCAAACCCAGAGAUAAGACCAACGGCAGUAUAUGUCAUGCAUCAUCCACUCUUCUGGAGCCCUGAAUUGCGCCUUUCAUUUCUAAGGGAUACCAGUGACAGAAUUGAGAAAACCAGUGAAACUGACCUCAUAAACGCACUGGAAAGCAUCGGACCAGUGGCGUUUGGUGGAAAAUGGGGAGAGAAAUUGGAUGCUGCUUUGGUUACAGACAUGGGUCGUUAUAGAAAGUAUAACUUUGAGUCUAUUCGUGAUCUUCUGAGGUAUAUCAGAAAUAAAUCGGGCCAUUACAGAGAACUUUCAGAAGAUCUCAAGGGCAUACUUGGGUCAUUGCCAGAGGGAUUUGAUCGCUAUUUUGCUAGCCGAUUUCCAAAGUUGCUAAUUGAGGUGUACAAGGUCUUGUGGGUGCACUGCAAGGACGAGGAAGCUUUCAGUAAAUAUUUCAAUGGAAGCUCGUUAUAACCGGAGAGGAUUGCCUUUUCUUACUGUACAUACUAACCCUGAUGUAGAAGUUGUAUGUACACGUGAUAUGUAUACCAUAUUACUCGUAUUAUAGAAUAAAAAGAGCUCAAUCUGUACAUUAUGUAGUAUAGAACUGUGUUUCCUAUAAAUCCAAGCUUUUACUGUUGAAUGGUGACUAUGGUUAACAAAAUUUGCUGGAUGGAAACCAUUGCUAUGGUAGGACCGUGUUAUUUA